ACAAAAAGCUCACUCUCAGAAGCCAAGAGGGCAUCAAACCCUUUCUCUGAGCACCAAUGGCUCGGUAUCUUCUCGCUCCCACCUCCACCUCCUCUGCCCUCCUCCCCAAGGAUGCCGCCAAGAACUCGCCGCCGUCGCGGACCCUCCGCCUCCCCGUGCUCGGCUCCAGGUCCGGCAACGCGCGCCCCAUCAUGGCGGUGGCGUCGGAGCAGACGGCCACUCCCGCGAAGUACCCCAAGGUGGCCGCCCCCACCACCGGCCCGAUCCCCGCCGCCGAGCUGCUCGGCGUCAUCGAGGCCGCCGCAAAAGCUGGGGCCGAUGUUAUAAUGGAAGCUGUUAAUAAACCACGCAAUAUCCACUAUAAAGGUGUUGCAGACUUGGUCACAGACACAGACAAGUUGAGUGAAUCAGUGAUUCUGGAAGUUGUCACGAAGAACUUCAAAAACCACCUCAUACUUGGGGAGGAAGGUGGCCUUAUUGGUGAUUCCUUGUCAGAGUAUCUCUGGUGCAUUGACCCUUUAGAUGGAACAACAAACUUUGCACAUGGUUAUCCCAGCUUUUCUGUGUCCAUUGGGGUUCUCUUCCGUGGAAAGCCUGCUGCUUCCACUGUGGUGGAAUUUUGUGGUGGGCCUAUGUGUUGGAGCACCCGUACAAUUUCUGCAUCUUCUGGUGGAGGAGCUUAUUGUAAUGGGCAGAGAAUUCAUGUCAGUCAGACAGACAAGGUGGAGCAAUCUCUUCUUGUCACAGGGUUUGGAUAUGAACACGAUGAUGCCUGGACAACCAACAUAAAUUUGUUCAAAGAAUUUACUGACAUUAGCAGGGGAGUGCGAAGGCUAGGGUCUGCUGCUGCUGACAUGUCUCAUGUUGGACUGGGCAUUACAGAAGCCUACUGGGAAUACCGGCUUAAGCCAUGGGAUAUGGCUGCUGGUGUCCUGAUAGUUGAAGAAGCUGGUGGGGUGGUAACACGCAUGGAUGGUGGAGCAUUUACAGUCUUUGAUCGUUCCGUUCUUGUUUCCAAUGGUCUUGUUCAUGGACAGCUGUUGGAUUGGAUUGGGCCUCCUACUGAAGAUCUUAAGAAGAAAGGAAUCGAUUUUUCGUUGUGGUUCAAGCCCGACAAGUACCCAACUGACUUGUUAAGGAUUGAGGCUCCAGCGUAUUACUUGAUUACAAGACCGAGAUGGAAACUAUGUGCUUGUAGAAAUGUAUUGCAAGAAGCUCCCUCACAUGAUGCAAAGGUGAAUUCCUAUACCUAUAGUGAGAGGAAGAACCGGAAAAAGGACGGCGCUUACAUUGACAAAGAUGGUGUAGCAAGAACCUUCGAUCGGAAGAAAAUAUCCAGAAAGAGAGGGGGUGCUAUCAAAGGCCGAGGUUGGAAGUACGGCUCUGGGUUUGUUGAUGGAGUUUUCCCAGUGCUCAGUCCAAUGGCACAGGAUAUCCUAGAAUUUGUGCAGAAAGGGACCGACGUCGCCAAAAUAUGGGAGUCCCUGGACAACAUUCCUCGUGCACACGAUCUUUGGGAUGACAUUGUCAAUGUCGCUGUCCAGCUCCGUCUGAAUCGACAAUGGGAACCCAUCAUCACAGUUUGUGAGUGGAUUCUGUACCGGAGUUCGUUCCGGCCUGACAUCAUCUGCUACAACCUGCUCAUAGAUGCAUAUGGCCGAAAGCGUGAGCUGAGCAAGGCAGAAUCCAUUUACAUGGCUCUUCUGGAGGCUAAUUGUGUGCCUACAGAGGACACCUACGCUCUUCUCUUGCGUGCUUACUGCAAUGCUGGACAACUGCACCGAGCAGCGGGCGUGAUUUCAGAGAUGCAGGAGAAUGGGAUUCCUCCAAGUGCAACUGUAUAUAAUGCCUACCUUGACGGCCUACUGAAAGCAAGGUGUACUGAAAAGGCAGUCGAAGUGUAUCAAAGGAUGAAGAAGGAGCGCUGCAGAACUAACACUGAGACUUACACGCUGAUGAUCAAUGUGUACGGAAAGGCAAAGCAACCAAUGUCAUCGUUAAAAGUCUUCAACGAGAUGAAGGCGAUUGGGUGCAAGCCCAACAUCUGCACCUACACUGCGCUGGUGAACGCGUUCGCGAAGGAAGGCCUCUGCGAGAAGGCAGAGGAGGUGUUUGAGGAGAUGCAGCGGGCUGGGCUUGAGCCUGACGUGUACGCCUACAAUGCCCUGAUGGAAGCUUACAGUCGAGCGGGGUUCCCGCAAGGCGCAUCGGAGAUCUUCUCUUUGAUGGAGCACAUGGGGUGUGAACCUGACAGAGCCUCAUACAACAUCUUGGUGGAUGCUUAUGGAAGAGCUGGUCUUCAUCAAGAGGCAGAAGCUGCGUUCCAAGAACUGAAGCAGGUGGGCAUGCGGCCGACGAUGAAGUCGCACAUGCUGCUCCUGUCCGCGCACGCCAAGGCCGGCAACGUGUCCAGGUGCGAGGAGGUGAUGGCGCAGCUGCACAAGUCCGGGCUGCGGCCGGACACCUUCGCCCUCAACGCCAUGCUCAACGCGUACGGCCGAGCCGGGCGGCUCGACGACAUGGAGCGGCUCGUCGCGGCCAUGGAGAGGCGCGACGGCGGCGCCGCCCCUGACAUCGGCACGUACAACGUGCUGGUGAACGUGUACGGGCGCGCGGGGUACUUGGACCGGAUGGAGGCGGCGUUCGGCGCUGUGGCGGCCAGGGGCCUCGCCGCCGACGUGGUGACGUGGACGUCGCGCAUCGGCGCGUACGCGAGGAAGAAGGAGUACGGGCGGUGCCUCGAGAUAUUCGAGGAGAUGGUGGACGCCGGGUGCUACCCGGACGCCGGCACGGCAAAGGUGCUCCUCGGCGCGUGCUCCGACGAGCGGCAGGUGGAGCAGGUCACGGCCAUCGUCAGGUCCAUGCACAAGGACGCCAAGACGCUCUUCAAACUAUGAGAUCAACACUAGCUGAUGCAUGUCAUCACGUUGUUGCACACGAACCUCUUGUGAACAAGUGACUACUAGAGUAGUGAAAGUCUAGAGUAUAUGAAUAUGAAUUGCCAAGCGCAAGUUUGACAGAUCGAAAUCAUAAUGUCAUUGUGAUGCUUGGGGAUGGUCACAUGAUAUAGUGCUUCAUCCAAAUUAAA